AUGGCUCCCGGAAACUGCACCAGAGUGACUGGCUUCAUUUUCCGGGGAAUCACUGACAGUCUAAAGCUGCAAAACAUCCUCUUUGUGUUCUUCUUUGCCAUUUAUUUCUGCACGCUGGUGGGGAAUGUCUGGGUGAUUGUGCUGAUUAGCGUUGACUCCCAACUCCACAGUUCCAUGUACUUUUUCCUCAGCAACUUGUCCCUCUUAGAUGUUGUCUCCUCCUCUGUGAUUGCCCCCAAGGCGAUGCUCAGUUCCCUAGUGACGAGUAAAGACAUUUCUUUCCCUGGGUGUGUGGUUCAGUUUUUCCUCUUCUCUUUCUGUGCCAACAAUGAGCUUUGCCUCCUGGCUGUGACGGCCUAUGAUCGCUUUGUGGCCGUCUGCCACCCAUUGCUUUAUAAUGUCAUCCUGUCCAAGAGAGUCUGCUUCCAGCUGGUGGCUGGCUCUUCCCUAAGCGCCUGUGUCAAUGCCACUGUGCUCAUAGAAACAAUAAGCACCAUUUUCACCAUCCUCAUCUCCUACACUUACAUCAUCUUUGCCAUCCUGAGGAUCCGCUCCACAGCAGGAAGGCACAAAGCCUUCUCCACCUGCACCUCCCACCUGACUGUCAUUUCCAUCUUAUAUGGGACCCUGAUCUUUACAUAUUUAUGA